AUGUCUAAUGGUCACGUCGAUCAACCUGAGAUAGAAUGCAAAGUGAUUGACGAAGAAGAAAAGAUUUUUGGAGUAAUAGUUGGUAUAGUUUCUCAGUUACAAAAAGUACUAGUUGGUGACCGUGUUCCUCUGUGUUUUGUUCAAACUUUUGCAAUAAUAUUGGGUCUUUUAAUUAUUUUUUUGGGAUACUUGCAUUCCAUCAAUGAUGGUGCAAAUCUUUUAAAGGGUUUAAAGGGAUUAAGAAAGAAGAUUCCACUUGUGGUAGGCAUUAUUGUGGUGAUAUAUAUUGCAUUACCAACAAUAGGUAUAUGCAUUGUGAAAGGUGCAGUUCAUUUCAACUUCAUAAGCUCUGAUCCAUUAUAUCAAUUUGUUUUACUACUUCACUACGCUGUUCCUCCUGCAGUGUCCGCAAGUACAAUGACUCAAUUGCUUGGAGUUGGUCAAAGUGAAUGUUCACUUAUUAUGUUUGCAACUUAUUCAUCAGCUCCAAUUUUACUUACCCUUUGGUGCACAGUCUUCAUGUGGCUUGUGUUGUAA